CUUCAGUACAGUGCUCUUAAUCCUCGAGAAUCUUGGGACAUGUGGCAUCCCACUCUGGUGGCUGAAGCUUUAUUUGCAAUUGCAAACAUCUUCAGUUCCCUACGCUUGAUCUCACUAUUUACUGCAAAUUCUCACUUGGGGCCUCUGCAAAUAUCUUUGGGAAGAAUGCUCCUGGACAUUUUGAAGUUUCUAUUCAUAUACUGCCUUGUGUUGUUAGCAUUUGCUAAUGGCCUAAAUCAAUUAUAUUUCUACUAUGAAGAAACAAAAGGUUUAAACUGCAAAGGCAUACGAUGUGAAAAGCAGAAUAAUGCAUUUUCAACGUUAUUUGAGACACUCCAGUCCCUGUUUUGGUCAAUAUUUGGGCUCAUCAAUUUAUAUGUGACCAAUGUUAAAGCACAGCAUGAAUUCACUGAGUUUGUUGGUGCCACCAUGUUUGGGACAUACAAUGUCAUCUCUCUGGUUGUCCUACUCAACAUGUUAAUAGCCAUGAUGAAUAAUUCUUACCAACUUAUUGCUGACCAUGCAGAUAUAGAAUGGAAAUUUGCUCGAACAAAGCUUUGGAUGAGUUAUUUUGAAGAAGGAGGUACCCUGCCUACUCCCUUCAAUGUCAUUCCGAGCCCCAAAUCUCUUUGGUACCUGAUCAAAUGGAUAUGGACACACCUGUGCAAGAAAAAGAUAAGAAGAAAACCAGAAAGCUUUGGAACAAUAGGGAGGCGAGCUGCUGAUAAUUUGAGAAGACAUCACCAGUAUCAAGAAGUUAUGAGGAACCUGGUGAAGCGAUAUGUUGCUGCAAUGAUUAGAGAUGCCAAAACUGAAGAAGGCCUGACUGAAGAGAACUUUAAGGAACUAAAGCAAGACAUUUCUAGUUUCCGCUUUGAAGUCCUGGGGUUACUAAGAGGAAGUAAACUCUCUACACUGCAAUCCGCUCAGGCUACGAAGGACACAGCAGACUCAGAUGAAAAGACUGAUAACGAAGGUACCAGCAAAGACAAGAAGAACUUCAGCCUUUUCGACUUAACCACCCUGAUCCACCCGCGAUCAGCAGCAAUUGCUGCAGAAAGACACAACAUAAGCAAUGGUUCUGCGCUGGUGGUGCAGGAGCGCCUGCAGGAGAAGCAGAGAAAAGUGAAUUUUGUGACUGAUAUAAAACACUUGGGGUUAUUUUAUAGAAGAUCAAAACAAAAUUCUGCUAAGCAAAAUGCAAACCAAAUCUUCUCUGUUUCAGAAGAGGUUGCUCGUCAACAGGCUGAAGUAUCAUUGGAGAGAAAUAUUCAACUGGAAUCUCCAGGAUUAUCUUCAAGGGAUGACCUGAGCAUCCCUGGUCUCAGUGAACAAUGCAUGUUAGUAGACCACCGGGAAAGGAAUACCGACAGUCUGGGUUUACAAGUUGGAAAGAGAAUGUGUGCCUUCAUAUCAGAGAAGGUGGUGGUAGAAGACACUCUUCCAAUAAUACCAAAGGAGAAGCAUGCAAGGAAAGAGGACUCUAGUACAGACUAUGAUGCAACCCUCACUAACACUGUCAUCCAGGAAGAUUAUGUGACCACAAGAUUGUGAUACUUGAAGGAAGGAGGAAGUGUUUAUCAUACAUAUAUCUUUUCUAUAGUGCUCUGAGUUGGGGAGAGUGUUUAAAAGUAAAUUAGCACAUUCUAACUUAUACUCUAAGCAUUUAUCAACUCUAGCAUACUAACGUGUAACAUGUUUAAAUAAGGUAAAAGCUAUCAAAAACCCUUGUUCUGUAGCCCACUUUUGCUUGCACAAUUUGUUUUACAUUUUUCGUUGUUAAUAAAUAAACUCACCUUGUAUCUUGCACUGUUGCAGUAACAUGGGCAAUUUUUAGCUCUUUUUCAAUUAAAACAAAUUCAAUGUUAUGAUUUAGUUGACUCCUGCAGUAGAUAUUUUUAUAUCCAAAAAUUAAUAUAGCUAAAAUAUUAGAGCUUUUCAUAAAUUUUAGGGCCUCAAGAGAUGGGUACUUAUUAAGGACUUUUCACUCAGCCCUAUGGUUUAGCUUUAAUUCACAAAUAUUAGCAAAUUAUUUCUUAAGCAAAAAUGAAUAAUUAUCGUACACAAUUAAAGCAAGAAAGGCUUCUCAUGGGGUCAUGAUCAAACUCUUUUUUUAAAAUGAAAGUUGGCCCCUCGCCAGUGUAGCUGAGUUGCUUGGAGUGUCCUCCUGUACACAGAAAGUUGGCAGGUUUGAUUCCCAUCAGGGGACAUACCCAAAUUAUGAGGGUUUGAUGUUUCUCUCUCUCUCUCUCUCUCUCUCUCUCUCUCUCUCUCUCUCUCUCUCUCUCUUUCUCUCCUCCUCCCUUUUUUUCUCUCUAAAAUCAAUAAAGGUAUCCUUGGGUGAGGAUUAAAAAAAUUAAAAAUGUAAGUCUGUAUACUUCAUAGAGUUUUAGUUUGACCAGUUUUUUCUUUCAGAAAGUAAA